CUGCGGCCGCGCUGCUUCGUCUACGAUUUCGACACGACGGAGAAGCAGCUGGGGUCCCGCGGCGCCGUCGCGCGGCUCGAGGCCGUCGUCGACCUGCUCUCGGCCGUCGCGACGCGCCACGACGAGCUCGUGCUCCGCGUGACGUCUCCCGGGGGCAGCGUGUCGGACUUCGGCCUCGCGGCGAGCCUGGUGUUGCGGCUGCGCAGGACGACGGGGGUCGGCGUCACGGCGGCCGUCGACGUCGUCGCCGCGUCGGGGGGCUACAUGCUCGCGGUCUGCAGCGACCGCGUCGUCGCGGCGCCGUUCGCCUUCGUCGGCUCCGUCGGCGUGAUCACCAUGAUCCCGAACUUCCACCGGGUGCUCGACCGGGAGAAGAUCGACUUCCUCCAGUUCACGGCCGGCAGGUACAAGCGCACGGUGACGCCGGUCACGGAGGCGACGGACGAGGCCAAGGCGAAGCUCCAGAGCGAACUGGAGGAGAUCCACGGCGCCUUCAAGGACCUCGUCGCGACGAACCGCGCGGACAGCGACAUCGAGGAUGUGGCGACCGGGGAAGCCUGGAUCGCCAGCCUCGCGCCCCCGGGCGUCGUCGACGAUUUGAUGACGAGCGGCGAGCUCCUGCGGGAGAAGAUGGCGACCCAGGACGUCGUGCUCGUCAAGCCCGCGCGCGAGCGGCCGAGGUCGCUCCUCGAGGCGCUCAACGCCGCCGUCCUCGGCGGCCUCGGCCUCGCGGCGCCCGCGUCCCCCCACGAGCGCGUCCACGCCGCCGCCGCGCCCUAA